AUGGCUUCUCUCAUGAUCCAAGAAACUCAGUGCGUCGGCUCAUCUCACGGCUGGCUUAUCUUCUUGGACGAAAUCUCGAACCCUUUUCUCUUCAACCCCUUUUCGAGAACCAAAAUCCACCUCCCCGAAAAACACACCCUCCCGAUAAUUCCGCAAGUCGAAAUCAUUCCCGGACUGGUAUCGAACAAUUCGAAUCCCACGAUCGACAAAGUCGUCCUAUGCGGCAAUCCGUCUCUCGACAAGAACAACUACGCGGUAGUAGUCAUGUACAGUUCGUGCACCGGCCAGACGAAGAUCGCCUUCUGCAUGCACGGCGACACGGCGUGGACGAAUCUCGACGGCGAACUCGAGACGUACUACGACGUCGUUUGCCACGAUGGAACGAAAACGAUGUACGCACUAGGGCCGGGCCCCACCGUCGAAGUAUGGGACUUGAGCGAAAGAACCGCCCCCAAGAAGAAGGUUCUAGAAGGUUCGUGUCCCGGGAAAUUGGGGCAGGUUUCCCACGUGGAAUAUCCUUCGGAUCUUUACACGUCUCGAUGGUACUUGGCCUUGUCUCCUUCGGGGGGACAGCCACACGAGAUAUUUCUCGCGGUGAGGUACGUCGGGGAGUUUGUGAGGUACGACGGAGAAGUGGUUUACGAGGGCGACACGCUAACGGAUUAUAUGUCGGAGCCUUUGGUGUGUCCGUACAAGACGGUUGCUUUCGACGUGUUCAAAUUGGAGAGCGGUUCGAAGGAGUGGAUUGAUGUCGAGUGUUUGGGUGAUUUCGCGAUGCUUUUGGGAGGGAAUCAUUCGACGGUGAUUCCGACGAAGGAGAGUACGAAGUUCGAGAGGAGUUCGAUUUAUUUUACGGACGAUUAUUGGGAUCGAAUGGACGAGGAUUAUUGCUAUGGAGGGCAUGAUAAUGGAGUUUACAAUAUGGAGGAUGGGAAAAUUGAGCCUCUUGUUGAUAAUCAACAGGAUAGAAUUGUGCCGCCGCCGUUUUGGAUUGUUAAUUAA